AUGGUUCUACCUGGUUCCGUUCACCUACCGCAUCUUAAAUCUCUUAAACUUCAAUCAUUUUCAUUUGAUAAUGAAGAUUUAACUAAUGAGUUCUUUGCACAAUGUCCUUCUCUUGAAUUUUUGGGCUUGAUAUUAUGCAAAUUUCUUCAUUUGAAUGUUAGAAUUUCUUGUCCUAAUCUCAAGCACAUUGAAAUCUUUAGACCCACAGAGAUUUGUAUGAAUGGUCUUCACUCAGACAGUGGCAAGGUCACAUUAUGUGCCCCAAAUCUCUCAUACUUUAAGACAAAUGAUUACAUGUCAACAGACUACUCUCUUCAGAACUUAUCUUCUAUAGUCAUUGCUGAUAUAUUAGUCACAAGUGUCCGAAAAAAUGAGGAUGCACCAGAGCUUCCUGUAGGGGUUAAAGAGUUGUUUGCUAAACGUAUGAUCCACUUCUUGAGAGCGGUUCACAAUGUCAAAGUUCUUAAGUUGUCAUACUCGUCUCUUGAGGUAUAA